GUGUGUAUAUUCUAAAUGGAAUUUUGCUCCGCUCUUCCUUUGGAAUGCGUCGGAACCGGAAGUGUUGGUGACGUCACGGCCGCUCUCAUCAUAUUCCCAGCGCAGGACUAUAACCGACUGACUGAAGAGAUUGAAAACUUUGACAAACUCUCCCGAAAAGCCGCCUUAAAGUUCAGUAAAGUUUCCCUCCGUGAUGCGAGGGUGUGUUUGAAGCGGACUGGCCGUGUGGCAGAUGUGGACCGGCUGUUAGCGGUGGAUGGAGUCGGGGUUCGGUGUCCAGCGGAGGGCCGGUGGUGGCUCGCCCGCUGUAGGAGCGUCGCAGCGCCGCAGGAAGAUGCCGCCGAGAGCGGCUGAUUAUAAACUCCAGGUGAUCAUCAUCGGCUCCCGUGGAGUGGGAAAAACCAGCCUUAUGGAGAGAUACACGGAUGAUACAUUCUGCGAGGCGUGCAAAUCCACUGUGGGUGUGGAUUUCAAAAUCAAAACGGUGGAGUUGAGAGGAAAGAAGAUCAGGUUACAGAUCUGGGACACAGCAGGACAAGAGAGGUUUAACAGCAUCACUUCAGCGUAUUACCGUGGCGCGAAAGGCAUCGUACUGGUCUACGACAUCACCAAGCAGGAAACCUUUGAAGACCUGCCUAAAUGGAUGAAGAUGAUAGACAAGUAUGCAUCAGAGGAUGCUGAGCUCCUAUUGGUUGGGAACAAACUGGACUGUGAGUCUGAUCGUGCCAUCUCACGACAACAAGCAGAGAGGUUUGCUUCACGGAUAUCAGGGAUGCGUUUCUGUGAGGCCAGUGCCAAGGAUAACUUUAAUGUGGAUGAGAUAUUCCUUAAACUAGUUGAUGACAUUUUGAGUAAGAUGCCUCUUGAAGUCCCCAGUAAAGAGCUGUCCAACAGCGUCCUGUCCCUUCAGCCCGAACCCGAAAUCCCACCAGAGCUGCCUCCGCCGCGCAUGCGCUGCUGUUGAGACUCGCUUCACGCUUUAUUUAGAAACCCAACACCACCUUCCCUCUGAGAACCCAACACAUGCUGUUAAAGACUCCCGCCACCAGGGGGCGAAAUGCCCAUCUCAUGAGAGUCCAGCCCAUACGGAUGAUGAGAUGAUGGCCUGUCAUUACCAAAAAAAGAUGAAAGACAAACGCUCUUUACCACAUAAUCAAAGAUCCCUCACAAACCAUAGCCUCUGCAAUUUAACAUCCUCUGUAUUUUGUUACCUCUAGCUGCCAGUAGAGAACAUCCGUAUCAUCACACACACAUAAAUGCAUUCAUUUCGACCGCCCAUACAUACACUACCUCAUUUCUGGAAAUCAAAGGAUAGUGUUUGUCUGACGUGUGCCUUCCUGAUCUGAAAACCGCUGCACGCGCAUCACAAACAAACAUGAAAUGUCAUAACCCAUCAACUUCUAUUUAUAUGUAGUUUCCAUCAUCAUAUACUCUCAGUAGAAACAAGAAACUACUAUUUCUAUUGGACGACGGAUACUCUAACCUUGUCUUUCACGUCACGUUUCAAAAAAUGCAUUCAGCUGAUUUCUUAAGGAAAACUUUACAAGUCCCAAAUUGGUUUGGCAUUAAAAGCGAACUGGAUGUACAUUUCAUGAGAAGCUGCGUGUUUAGGAGUCAGUUCGUGGUUGGGUUGUCCUUAUGCCUUACGUUCUAUCAGUGUUACUGUGUUUGAGGUGGAUUUCGUGUUAUCCGUCGUGUUUUGCACUACAAUCCAUUCGGAGCUAACAGCUGAAAUGCUGAAUGUUAGUGAAGGACCUGUGUACAGAAGAUUCAUCUUAUCAUUAAGCAGCAGAGAGAUGCUUCCUGGUCUUUUUUCACUCUCAUUUAACUCGAGUAGAAUAAAGGAAGGUUAAUAAUUGAGUUCAUUGUUUUAUUCUCUAGAUCUGGACUGCAGAACUGAAAUGCUCUCACCGAAAGGGCUAUUUCUCUGUGGAGAGCUGUUUGGGAGUAAAACGGGACAUUGGCUUUAACACUUGUUCCUAAAAACACUCUUCAGUUAACAUCACUAUGCUUCUGUGAUCCUGGACAAACUGCUGACUCCACUGGAUUUCAGGUGAAUUGAAUCAUUUGCCUGCGUUAGCUGAAGGACAGUAGUAAUGAUAAAGCUGUGUUAUAUAACAAAAUAUAACCGGUGUUUGAUGGGCACGGCUAUUCCAGCUGAACCAGAUAUGCAGUUUUUUGUGAGUUUAUGGAAAUAUGAUGCAUUUUUCAUAGAAACUGUAGAGGACUGACAGUGUUACUGUGCAUCUGGAACAUCAUCUACAGAGAAAAUUUAAAAAUCUUAAUAAAACCGUGUCUCGGUCAAAUUUGACCCCAAAUAUUUCAAAUAAAUCAAUGGGUUAAAUAUGACCUAUAAAUGUUUUGGCAGGUUUAAUGCGAUUCACCAAGUCAAAUAAUAGAAAGAUGAUUCAUGUGUGUAGUGUUGUUUAUAAUGCAUUAAUAUUCUCAUCAGAAACCAGUAUAGUGUUAAAUAACCAAACUUGUGUCUGUUUCUGGGGGACUGAUGUUUGACUGUUGCUGAGGUUUUUGGUUUCGUAUUAUUCUUACUCCAUUUAACUCCAAUUUAACUUCUUCGAACUGUGUGUCCUUUGAAAGUUGAUAACCAACCUAAACCUUAUGUGUUAACAGUGUUAGGAAAAGUGUACUAACCACCAAAAAAGUUGAUGGUUGCAGACUGGUGCCAAAUUAUAACCUUAUGUGUUACUCUAAUGAUCAUCUGAUCCUUUUCACCAAGUGCUUUUUAUUUUCUUUCUCUGCGGGAUUGGCAGAUGUUUAAUUUAUUUUGGAUGGUAGUUGAAUUUCUUCUGAACCUGGAGUCAGAUUUUUUGUGUGUGUCUGAAGGCGCGCACUCUUUAGUUUUUCUUGUUUUUAAUUCAUAUUUUAUUUUGCUUAGUUUGAAGCUUAGUAAGUCUGACUUUCAUGCUCUUCAGAAAGACUGUCAGUGACACAUCAGUGAUCUUGAAAAAGCUAAACCCAACAUGCUCUUUGAACUCAGUAGAGUUUCUUAAUUCUAGUGGCAAAUGUUGCCUUUAUAAACCUUAAUUUUGUACAGAAUAGCCUUGGAUUUGUUUUAGUCUCUUGGCCAAUCACAGUAAUCCAUUACAAAAACUAAAAAAUGAAACGGAUCCUCAUUACACUGCAAAACAAAACAGUAUUUUGUACGAAUAAUAUGUUGGUAUUAGUUAUUUGAAACAGUUUGGCAUGUUUAAGCAGUUUUGUGGUAUUUAUAACUUGUGGUAUUCUUUAACUAAUGAAGUGCAAAUAAAGAUAUAUAUUUAUUACACAAA